AUGGACGCGUUCACAUCGUUCUUCGAUUCCCAAACGUCUUCAAGAAACCGAUGGAACUUCGAGUCUCUCAAGAACUUCCGUCAGAUCUCUCCUGUUGUUCAGAAUCAUCUCAAGCUGGUCUACCUCACCUUAUGCUGUACUCUCAUCGCUUCAGCUGUUGGAGCUUACCUGCAUAUCCUAUGGAACAUUGGAGGCAUUGUAACUUUACUUGGCUGCUUAGGAUGUAUGAUCUGGGUACUCGCCACCCCUCAUUAUGAAGAGAAAAAGAGGGUUUCUCUACUUAUGGCUGCUGGUCUCCUUGAGGGAGCUACUCUUGGUCCUUUGAUUGAUCUGGCCAUUGCGAUUAAUCCAAGUGUCCUGAUCAGUGCAUUUGGGGGAACUGCUCUGGCCUUUGGUUGUUUCUCAGCAGCAGCCAUGUUGGCAAAGCGCAGAGAAUACCUUUACCUGGGGGGCUUGGUUUCUUCUGGACUGUCCAUGCUACUCUGGUUGCAAUUUGCUUCUUCUAUCUUUGGGGGUUCAGCAGCUAUGUAUAAGUUUGAGUUGUACUUCGGACUUCUGAUUUUCGUGGGGUAUAUGGUAGUUGACACGCAAGAAAUGAUUGAGAAGGCACACAAUGGUGACCUGGACUAUGUGAAGCAUGCCAUGACCCUUUUCAGUGACUUCAUUGCUGUUUUUGUGCGCGUACUCAUCAUCAUGUUGAAGAACUCACUUGAGAAGAAUGAGAAGAAGAAGAAGAGGAGGGAUUGA